UUUGGCUAAACCAUAUAAAGCUGGUUUGAAAACCACAAUUUACCAGUAAUGUACGAAAUCUGUUUGUGAUACAUUUUUUGAUUUCUCUGUCGUUCUAGAAAAAUUUAUGAUUCAGAUUCGUCAACCUGGAGUAAUAGAAUCGCGGUUUUCAUCGUUGAAAAAUAUGUGAAGUGACUGAUUUAUGCGGUGAUUUGAUUCUCGGAAAAUUGUUUCAAUUAUUCAGACGUUUUGUACCUAAUUGAAUUUCGUAUUUUUUCGCAACUCGCGUUUCAAAAAUUUCCAAGCGAUGAAGUUUUUAGGAUGCGUUCUUUUUAUCUGUUACAUUCAUCUGUGUCAUCGGGGUCACGCUUUAGACAACCCACCCGACAGUUGCUCCGGAUGUACUUUCGAUGACACACCAACGAUACUAGAUGCACGUCAAUGCUCAUCCACUAACAAAUUGAGCAAAGAGGAUAAAGAUUACUUGAAAACCGUCGACAAUGAGAUGAGAAAUAAUUGCAAAAUAGCAGACCCAUGUCGUCGAGUACGCAGCAUGAAGGCAUCGGAUGAGAAAGUAUUCGAAGACAAUAAAUACGAUUUCAUAAUCGUCGGUGCAGGUGUCGCAGGUCCAGUUUUAGCGAACAGACUGAGCAGUGUUGACAAAUACAAAGUUUUACUACUAGAAGCCGGUCCGGAAGAACCUGUCGGGGCAUCUGUGCCUUAUUUCUCUAAUUCUGCGGUCAAUACUUCGGUAGAUUGGAAGUAUCAAACCCAACCUGAGGCGAAUGCGUGCCUAAAAACAAAGGGAGUCUGCGACUGGCCUCGUGGUAAAAUGGUCUGCGGCACUUUCUGCAUGUCAGGUAUGAUGUACACCAGAGGCAGCCCAGAAAUCUACAACUCGUGGUCGAAGCAGGGAAACGUCGGAUGGAAUUUCACCGAAGUCUUGAAAUAUUUCAAACUAUCCGAAAGAAAUACCCAAUCGAAGGAUAAAAUCGACCCCGAAUAUCACGGUUUCGAUGGCCCAAUGCCCGUUGGCAACUUCCCCCAUAUACCAAAAAUAGCCACAAUCAUGUUGGAAGCAGCCAAACAGGCCGGAUUCGGAAUCACCGAUCUGAGCGGUAAAAAUCAGACCGGAUUCGCCGCCGCAUCUGUAAUGGUCGACAACGGCGUACGUGCCAGCCCGAACCGAAUGUAUUUACGACCGAUUCUAAAACGUCAAAAUUUGCGAGUUUUCAUCGAGUCUUACGCGACGAAAAUCAUAUUCGACAAAGAUCGAGCCGUAGCCGUCGAAUUUGUGGAUAAAUUCAACAAAACUCAUAAAGCGUUGGCCAAUCGAGAGAUCAUUUUAUCCGGUGGAACUAUCGGGUCCGCUCAAUUACUCAUGUUAUCUGGGAUAGGACCCAAAGAGCACUUGGAGAAACUGAAAAUACCCGUCAUCAAAGACCUACCAGUGGGUAAAAAUGUACACCAUCAUGUCGGCGUCGAAGGCACAGCUCGAUUUAAAAACAUACAAGAAAACUACUUCAACCCUGAUUCGCUCAAGUUAUACUUGACCAAUCAAACCGGACCGUUUUCCAGCACAGGUCUGACACAAGUCAGCGGAUUCUGGAGUUCCUCCAAAGCUAAACCCAAUAUCCCUGAUAUUCAAUUCUUCCUCGAUCCUUACUGCUCUCCGGAUGAAUGCCAUAAAUUCUAUAAGAAAUGGGAAAAUCAAACCGUGGCUGGGAUGAGAUCCAUUUACCUUAUUACCGACUGCCGAGGAAAAAUAGAACUCAGUUCGAACAAUCCCUUCGAUUACCCGAAAAUCUAUGCUAAUUACUUAUGUGAUAAGAAAGACGAGGAGGCUACGGUCGAAGGAAUUUUAAAACUUCAACAGAUCCUCAACACGACCGCGUUUAAAGACUAUUACCUGGGAUUCGGUGCUCCUGAUGAAUCUUUAUGCACAAAUUUCACUAAAAAUCCUUCCGAAUAUUGGAGAUGCCAAACCAGAAUGAAUACGUUGGGUGAAAACCAUCACGCUGGAAGUUGUAAAAUGGGUCCGUUGAAUGAUAACAGUACGGUGGUAGAUCCUCAACUCAGGGUGAAAGGUAUACAAGGCCUGAGAGUUGCUGACGCAUCCAUUAUGCCAACACCUAUCAAUUGCAACACCAUUGCUCCUGUUUUAAUGAUUGCUGAAAAGGCCGCUGAUAUGAUCUUGAAUCCUGGCCCCGCCCCAAAAUAGGCCAGUUUGAGGCGAUUUUUCCAUAAAGAAAACCAAAAAUGGGAUAUCCAUCGUAGCAAACCAAAGCAAUAGAAAAUCUUUCGGUUUGAUGAAUUUAAUCUCGCAGUAUUAAAAAGAAAUGAGAAAAUGACUCAUGUUUUUUAGAUUAAGUAUUGAGUAAGUUUGUAAAAAAUUUCAUUAUGUUAGUAAAUUGGAUCAAUAAAACUAUUUUCUCUGAAA